AAUCAAAGGUCGCCUUGAGCAGCUCAUAUAAACCCUGGACGAGUGAUUUGACACUAAAGUCUUCCUGACUUUGUCUGUCAAAUCAUGUCUGACAAAGUUGAUGUGGAUUUGACGGCAGCCAAGCUCAACACAGGGCUAUGGCUUGUAAAGGUGCCCAAAUAUCUGGCUCAGCAGUGGUCGAGGGCCAGUGGAAAAGGCGAAGUUGGCACGCUCAGAUUCUGCAAGAAUAUUAAUCAAGCAAGCACCGAGGUUUCUUUCGUCCUGAAUGAAGAAUUAACUGUGUUGGAGAGUUCAGACGACAAGAUGUCAGCAGUUCCCACGGAGCAUCCGUUCACCAUUCAGGCCGUGGGGGGUCAAAUGCUAGUGGUCUUUUCUGAAACCUCAGCAGGCAACAGAGAAGAGUUGAGUCAUCUAAGUCAUGAAUCACGGGCUGAUCCGGGUCUGGCAGAAGAGCUGUAUUGUAGUGUCGGUUCUGAGUCGACCUGUGAGUCUGUGGCAGGUGCUGAGUCAGCACCAGACAAAAUUUCAAUAGAAGGGACGGUGGUGCACAGAGCAGAGUGCAAACCUGCCAUUAAUGAACACUACAUGAGGCUGAAGCGGUUACAAAUUCAAGACUUCUCCAAGCCAGUGCGCCUGUCCCAGCAGCUGGAGAGACCUGUGACCAGCAACUAUAAGCCGGUGGCCAACCACGCCUACAACAUUGAAUAUGAGAGAAGGAAGAAAGAAGAGGGAAAGCGAGCCCGGGCUGAAAAGCAACGUGUACUGGACAUGUUGUUUUCUGCUUUUGAGAAGCACCAGUUCUACAACAUCAGAGACCUGGUGGAGAUCACCAAGCAGCCGGUGAUCUACCUGAAGGACAUCCUGCGUGAUAUUGGCAUCUAUAAUGUGAAGGGCACACACAAGAACACAUGGGAGCUCAAGCCGGAGUAUAGACAUUAUCAUAGUGAGAAUAAAGACGAGUGAAGAUGGUGAAGCACCAGUGGUGGGCAUGGAUCUCAUGGCUUCAUCACACAUGGGGAAGAGUUGCUGCAGGUUUUACAAGUAUAAGUGAGUUAUGCAUCUAUUGGAGUCAGCUCUUUAGAUUCAAUCGUUUUCCUUGAGGGUAAAGGUGGUUUUGAUAUACCACAAGAACUACUCAGUCUCUAAAUGCAAACCUUGUGGAAUCCUCAUUUGCUGAGGUCUAUUCAGCUUGUUGUACUUCAGAUGGCCAUGCAAACAUUCUUUUCAGUGAGAAUUAAAGGACAACACAAGGACCUCGGGUCAUCUGGUUUAUUAAAGUGAUGCAUGUCAUAGUAUUGCUCCUCUAUGCAACUCUCAGAGGAGCAUAAUGGAAAGCAUGGGGUGCUAUUAAAAAAAUUAAUGCA